AUGUGCAAAUCAGCCACCCACGACUUCCUCGCGGACCUCCCAAAAUGCGAACACCACCUCCAUCUCGAAGGCUGCCUCAGCCCAAGCCUUCUCUUCACUCUGGCCUCUAAGAACAACAUCACUCUGCCAUCACCAUCUGAAGAUGUCGCUUACACUUCGCCCGCGACACUCACAGAACGGUAUUCGCAUUUCACGAACCUAGACGAUUUCCUGGCGUACUACUACCGCGGCAUCGCAGUCGUAGUGCAUGAAGAGGACUUUGAGAUGCUAGCUUGGGAAUACUUCACAACAGCAGCUCGAGACGGCGUCUGCCAUGCAGAAGUUUUCUUCGAUCCACAAAGUCACACGGAGCGAGGCAUCGACUUUGAUGUCGUGGUACGUGGUUUCAAUGCUGCAAGGAAACGAGCGGAGAAAGAGCUGGGGAUAACGAGUUGUCUGAUCAUGUGUUUCCUGAGGCACAUGCCUGUUAGUUCAGCUGCGGAGACUAUGGCAGCCGCUGUCAAGAGUGGGCACUUUGAUCUUCAGGGUGGAGACGGCCAGGAGCGCGCUAUUACUGGUCUUGGGCUGGACUCGUCAGAGGUUGGGUUCCGUCCGGAGCUCUUUGUGGAUAUGUAUCUUGAGGGUGAGAAGAGGGGGUUGAGAAGAACAGCUCACGCGGGUGAAGAGGGGGAUCCGACGUACAUCAGCGGUGCACUCGACGCACUACACGCUGAGCGCAUCGAUCACGGUAUCCGUCUUACCGAAGAUGCUGAACUACUUGGUCGGGUAGUGAAAGAGGAGAUACUCCUGACGGUUUGUCCGCUGAGCAAUGUCUGUCUUCAAGCUGUGGAAAGCGUUGGCCAAGUACCCAUCAGGACGUUCCUCGAGGCAGGGGUCAAAUUCAGUAUCAACAGUGACGACCCAGCGUACUUUGGUGGAUACAUUCUGAACAACUAUUGCGCGGUGCAAGAGGCUUUCAACUUGAGUAUGGAGGAAUGGAGAACAAUCGUUAGUAAUUCUAUCCACGGCAGCUGGAUAGGGGGAAAGCGGAAGUCUGAGCUGCUGGGUCUGCUCGAGGCUUGCAUGAGCAAACAUGCUUAA